UUUCUCUGGGGAUCUGUUGUUGGCUGCUCUCAGACGCAAUGGCGGGCUUGGUGGAGGUUUGGCUGGGCUCAGCCAUUGCUGUGUCCUCGUGAAGCUCUUGGUCCAGCUGUCAGGCUGCACUUCAGGGAGGGCAUUGAUAAACUAGAGAUGGUUCAAAGAAGGGUUUUCAAUCAGAAAUGUUGCACUGCAGCAUGGGGUGGAUUGUGCAUUGCCAAAAAUUUAUGCAUCCAGGUGGGAUGCCUUCCUAAAAACCUGCUGUGUUUCAAGUCCAGCCUUUGAACACAAGGGAGGAUUUUGAAAGGAAACAUCCUAAAGAUCAUUUACACAGGAACUCGGAGUGGUUAAUAAUAAUGACUUUUGUUUUGCUCUUACACCUGGUGAAGAGCUGACCUCCAGAUGUUUUUCCUACCGCAUCCUUGAGACCAGCUGUAGGACAACUGAAGAGCAGCAGAGCUUUGUUUAUCUAUGGCUGUUAAUGAAAGAGCAGGAGAUGCUGAUGUGUCAGUCGGCGGUGCCUGCUGGCUCGGCUUGGCCCCAGCCUUUCUGUGCGACAUGUUGUCCCGAUGGGAACGACAGCCAAGGAGGAGAUGGCCCGCUUCUGGGAGAAGAACACCAAGUCCAAUCGUCCCUUGUCCCCUCACAUCACCAUUUACAAGAGUCUCCCUCUUCAGUCUGGCUGCCCUGCUGCUCCCAGAACAGUUUCCCCACUACCUGGCCAUGGUGAAGUCGCUGAGCCUGGGGCCCGCUCUCAUCUACUCUGCUAAGUUCGCUCUGGCUUUCCCCUUCUCCUACCACACCUGGAAUGGAGUCCGACACCUUGCAUGGGACAUGGGGAAGGGGUUCAAGAUCCCCCAGGUCAAUCAGUCUGGGGUGCUGGUCCUGAUCUUGACCCUGCUUUCCUCCGUGGGCCUCGCAGCGAUGUGAAGGUACCUCCCGGUUGAUGGCCUCCCUUUUUUUUUGGAAGAUUUGCUCCAUCCUGGCCCACCUCAAGACGUACGUGGAGAGGGAGGCGGGAGGAUAGGCUCCUGAGUAACUACAAAUCUUUGGGGAAGGUGGCGCUUCCCCUCCUCACAAAUCUCGUGGAUGAUCAGAGUUGCUUUUCAUAAACCUGGGUGAUGUGCUAACCCCCUCUUAGUGGUGGGGGGUAGAGGGCAGGCUGUCUCCUGCUGUGCCACAUGCCCGAGCAGCCACAGAAAGCCAGGCACAAAUUAACAGCCGGUCCUGGCACGUUCAGUCGCUCGCAGAGAGCUGCCUAGCUUCUUCCAGGCAAACUCCAGGGCGUUUCUUUUCUCUGCUGUCCCCAAGACAGCUUGAGACAAUGCUGAAUCUGUGUCCCCACAGGUCCGAGUGGGCUCGGGGAUGGCUGAUUGUGCAUGUGUAGGCCCAGCACAGGACAAGCAUCUCCAUUGAGGCAGCCUGUGCCAGGGCAGGGAGAGCAGGCGGAGCUGCCAACGCCAGCACCCGUGAGGGGAAUGGGUGAUUGGUGGUGUCCAGGUGCCAUACUGGCCAUGGGAGUCUGUACUUUCUGAGCCCAGCAGCGUGAGCCGGCUGGGAUGGGGUGCUCAGACCUGCAAAGGUUCAACCCCCCCACUCCUUAUCCUUGACUGUCACAAUUCAGCCAGCUUUGGGGCUCUGGAGCCCCUGCCAGUGAAAAAUGUCCAAUUUUCCCGUUAGGAAGUUAUUCUGUCUCUGGCACAGUGGGAGGGACAUGUUUUUCCAGUUGUGUGUUGCCACCAGCUCUCGUUUCAGCACUUGUCACUCAUCUGCCUUUCCAAUAAAGCAGCCUUGAUCCUUCACACUGAA